CACACGGAGAAAGGACGAAGCGAUAUAAGAGGAUUUUUAGAUGACAUCCUUAGUCUACAACAUUCAUUCGAUGCAGAAAGUCAAGAUUGGUGUUUGUGGCUAAUCGCUAGUGGAACACCUCCAGAGGAAUUUAAAAAUGUCCUGAGGUCAUUCGACUCGCCGACAAUCUGUGGUCUGGUGUGGAAUAGAAACUUUGUGGCAUACCGAUGCAGGGACUGUGGAAUCUCGCCUUGUAUGUCAUUGUGUGCAGACUGUUUUCACGCAGGUAAUCACGAAGGCCAUGAUUUCAACAUGUUUAAAAGUCAGGCUGGUGGAGCGUGUGAUUGUGGAGAUGAAGAUGUCAUGAAAUCAGACGGGUGCGUA